AUGGAAGCCCUUGAUACUCAACGAGACCCUAUUCCGUAUAUCGAGAUUCUUCGUGAGCUAUAUAAAAAUUUUACAACCAAGACAUCGCCAUUCAACGACGAUAUUAACAUCGACGUCAAAAGAGGUGUUAGGCAAGGCGAUACCAUCUCGCCAAAAUUAUUUACCGUCACUCUCGAGAACGUCAUGCAAAGAGUGGAAUGGGAUAACAUAGUGAAAACCGGUGGUCGGCGAUUACACCAUCUUCGCUUUGCUGAUAGCAUUGUUCUUAUAAGACGAAACAUUAACCAAGCGGAACAAAUGAUGGCCGACUUUGACAAUGCCUGUGGAAAGAUUAGCCACCUAAUAAAUCUUCCAAAAAUGAUGUUCAUGAGGAACGCAUUGGCUGCGUGUGCACCGUUCACGCUCAACGAAAUAAAUAUCUCCGAAUGCUCCAGAUACGUCUGUCUAUGUCGAGAAUUCAAAAUAAUGAACGACUUAGGUCUGGAACCAGCUGAGAGACAAGCGAAACAAAGAAUCCGCAUGGUGUGGUGGUGA